AUGCCUGGGGGGGGGGCACGGGGACACUCGGUGUGGGCAGAAGCUGCCUCCAGCUCCCCCUGUCCCCAUGCCCCUCGCCCUGACCCCCUCCUCUCCCCCGCAGGCCGUGGGCUGAAGUCUCACGCCUACAUCCACAGCGUCCAGUUCAGCCACCACGUCUUUCUCAACCUCCACACUCUCAAGUUUUACUGCCUCCCUGACAACUACGAGAUCAUCGACUCCUCGCUGGAGGACAUCACGUACGUGCUGAAGCCCACCUUCACCGCGCAGCAGAUCACCAACCUGGACAAGCAGGCCAAGCUCUCCCGUGCCUACGAUGGCACCACGUACCUGCCCGGCAUCGUGGGGCUCAACAACAUCAAAGCCAACGACUAUGCCAACGCCGUCCUCCAGGCUUUAUCCAACGUCCCGCCGUUGAGGAAUUAUUUUUUGGAGGAGGACAACUACAAGAGCAUCCAGCGCCCGCCGGGGGACAUCAUGUUCCUGCUGGUGCAGCGCUUCGGGGAGCUGAUGCGGAAGCUCUGGAACCCCCGGAACUUCAAAGCGCACGUCUCACCCCACGAGAUGCUGCAGGCAGUGGUCCUCUGCAGCAAGAAGAACUUCCAGAUCACCAAGCAAGGGGACGGGGUGGACUUCCUCUCCUGGUUCCUGAACGCGCUGCACUCAGCGCUGGGCGGUACCAAGAAGAAGAAAAAGACCAUUGUCACCGACGUCUUCCAGGGCUCCAUGCGCAUCUUCACCAAAAAGCUCCCUCACCCAGAUCUGCCGGCUGAGGAGAAGGCGCAGCUCCUGCAGAACAGCGAGUACCAGGAGAUGAUGGUGGAAUCCACCUUCAUGUACCUCACGUUGGACCUUCCCACCGCCCCGCUCUACAAGGACGAGAAGGAGCAGCUCAUCAUCCCCCAGGUCCCCCUCUUCAGCAUCUUGGCCAAAUUCAACGGUGCCACCGAGAAGGAGUACAAAACCUACAAGGAGAACUUCCUCAAGCGCUUUCAGCUCACCAAGCUGCCUCCCUACCUCAUCUUCUGCAUCAAGCGCUUCACCAAGAACAACUUCUUUGUGGAGAAGAACCCCACCAUCGUCAACUUCCCCAUCACGAAUGUGGACCUGCGGGAGUACCUGUCGGAGGAGGUGCAGGCCGCGCACACCAACACCACCUACGACCUCAUCGCCAACAUCGUGCACGACGGGAAACCCUCCGAGGGCUCUUACCGCAUCCACGUGCUGCACCACCCUUGUCCCCAGCUCACCUGGCAGCGGCGGGCGGCCUCGGGGCUGGAGCACCAGUAG